AUGCCCUCUGUGGCCCACCCUCCGAGUUUUCCGCAACGUCCACUGCUGCAAACACCCGGCCGCGGCAACGCUUUGCUCUCUUUUCGCCAAAUCCCACUUACUUUUCUAUUCUCUUUUUCUGAUGGAAUAAUCCGUUCCAUUCUUUCUUUUCCCAUGGGAUCCAAGUCCCUGCUCCACGGACUUACGGGCUCCCUUGCCCAUAAUUGCUUUUCUCUUUUCCCUUCUCCUCAUCCCAGGCUCCUUAGCGUCCUGUUCUGCAACAACUCGCCUACGCAUCGAUCGAAAGUGGCCAUGGACUCUCUCGUUGGACUGAGAGGUCAACGGUGUCCUCAACGUUCCUCCCGCACCGUGCCCGCACCCACAAACUACCUACCUAGCUAUCGCGAGCAGGGGCAAAGAGCAGCUCGGCUCGACGGAAACGACGAGAGUCCCCCAAGUGGAGGUCUGUUGGGAAUCGGGAUCUCGCUCAUCGUUCGCGAUAUCGCUGCUCCAGUGGAUGGACUUACACCUCGAAACGUGGACAAUCCUAACACACCCUCUCCAAAGUCGACCACAAUACCUACCGGCCUGGCGCUGCUGUUUGUUGCACAGCUCACCGACUACUGCAAGAGCCGCCAUCACAUCCCGCGAUCUACGGUGCGCACACCCUACUUGUUGUUACCGCGCCCGCCCUUGGUCCAAGCGACGCCAACGAGGUUUGACACAUGUGCCAAGGUUUGGACACAAUGUGGCGUCGUAGUGGCCUUUUCCAACGUCUUUGCAUCUCACCCCAUAACACCAGCCCUGCCGAAAAACACGAGAUCAUACGUUUUCGGGCCUCCGGCUGUCGUCCCGGCCGUUCUCGCAGACGUGCCGCCGUGUGUUGGAGGCAUUGCCACCAAAACCUCCAUCAAACGAGGAAGCUCAAUCCACACCGACCCAUUAAAUGGCAGGCCAUCUUCCAAAUGCAUGUGGGCAGACUCACCGAUAAUCAUCGAAGGGUCUGGAUUCAAAAAUCCCGAUUCCAUCGUCACCGAAAUGCGAAUCGACGUGUCAAUUGUUCUCGGCGAAAUAUCAUUAUUGUCAUUUGUGACCACCACUAGCGGAACACACAACACGCACGCUCUGAGCAUCCAACCACAGUCGACGUCUCCAACAUUCGACCUGCAUACUCUUGCAGACAGCUUUGUGCGUAACACCACUGAUAUUCAGUGUCAGAUUCGGGGGCCAUUUGAGAGCCUCAAUGCCCACCUCCUGCGCGGGCCUCAAGCAUACCAAGAGGCCGAUGUGACCUGUCAUCUUGUAGACGAGAUGCGCGGUCGAUCAGUCAGUCUCUCAUCGAAAAUCGGUACAUGCCCGGCAUUGUCCCAGCCUCCGCUUCCAAUUUCAUGGAGGCGCAAUCGAACGGAAGAAAACAUUUUCUCCGUCGCAAUCACUAUUCAACAAUUCCACGAUCUGGUCGCGCUCGAAAUAUGGUGGAACCAUGGAAAACAGCGACAAUAUUCUUCUUGCAAGGAUGUGGCAGCAACGAUGUCAAGCACAGCUGAGCUACUCAAUCUACCGCCCUUGCUUCGGGAAACUUGGCUGCACCAGUAUCGCCUGUCAAAACAUUCCAUUGACUGCUCCGGAGCUGGCCCCAAGCACGAGAGCAAACAGGUUUAUUAUUUCGCGUAUUCCAUGACUACAUAUCACCAACGACGAGUCCCUUGCGGUGAGGGCACUUGCAUUACAUCUGCAAGCAACCGGAGAGACGUGUUGUUUUGGCAGCCUCAGUUUCGAUGGACUUACGUCUCAUCAAAACGCCAAACGAUAGUCGCCAGGGUCCUCAACAAGGACUACAACUAUUCCGUCUCCUCGUUUUGCUAUUCUGAUUCAUGGCCUAGAUCCAAGUCUCAAGUCAGCCCCAUUUUGAAGCUCAAUCGGAUCUACGAACGAUCCCUCCCUCAAUCUCCUGAUCAUCUCCAUAGAAAACACCAAAACCUCGCAGCCCGACCAGUGUACCACAUGGCCAGUCACAAAACCGAGAGGCAAUGGUGGGUUGUUGCAUCUUCAUCACUAUUCAAUAACCAGAGGCUCAAUUCCCAACGGUACUUUUAG